UGUCCUGGGGGAUCCUGGCAGUACCAGCUGUCCGGGUCUCGCUCUCUCCAAGACUUCCCUGUCUCCUUUCCAGGCCCGGACCGCCUCAGCAUGAGGCGGGCGCAGCUGCCCAGCCUCCUGGCCUCGCUGCUCCUUCUGGUCUUGCAAGCGUCCCUCGGAGCCAGACCAGCGGUCGACCUCGAGGGCAGCGCAGAAAGCGACCUGACCCUGCGGCUGCGGUUCCCCGAGGAAAACCGCGCCGGAUCCCGCCAGCCGCUGCAACCUGUUCCCGAGCCAGACGUGGCGAGCCUGUUGCUGCGAUCUCUCCACCGGCUCUCUCCGGAGGGAGAGCUGCGUCGACGCCUCGCCGAACUGAGCGACCGGCUCAAACGCCACGAGCCGCCGCUCUCGAUCGACCUCACCUUCCACCUCCUCCGCCACAUGAUGGAGAUCUCCAGGGCGCAGAGCCAGCAAGCCCAGGCAGAGUUGAACCGUCAACUCUUGGACUCGGUAGGCAAGUGA